AACACAAGAAGAAUCACACGUGUGGAAAACACUGUCGGGACUGCUGUGAAGUUGUCCUUGAUAAGUCAACACUCACUGAACACCAGGGAAUGGAAAAUAAAGAGAAGACCUAUGAGUGCAAACAAUGCAAGAAGGGCUUCUACCACAAGUCACAUCUCUUUCGACACCAGAGAACUCACACAGGAGAGAAGCCCUACGGGUGUGAAGACUGCCCAAAAGCUUUCUACCACAAGUGCCAUCUCAUCCAACACCAGAGAACUCACACAGGAGAGAAGCCCUAUGGGUGUGAAGAAUGCAAGAAAACCUUCCGCCGCAAGUGGCUUCUAACUUUACAUCAGAGAACUCAUACAGGAGAGAAGCCUUAUGGAUGUAAAGAAUGUAAGAAAGCUUUCUUUUACAAGUCCCAUCUCACUCGCCAUCAGAGAACCCAUACGGGUGAGAAGCCCUAUGAAUGUAAUGAAUGUAAGAAAGCUUUUUGGCAGAAAUCAAACCUUACUGCACACCAGAGAAUUCAUACGGGUGAGAAGCCCUAUGAAUGUAAAGUGUGCAAGAAUGCUUUCUACAACAAGUCAAACCUCACUUUACAUCAGCGAACUCACACAGGUGAGAAGCCCUAUCAGUGUAAAGAAUGCCUGAAAGCUUUCUACAGCAAGUCAAAACUCAGUCGACACCAGGCAACUCAUACAGGUCACUGCUUCUGUCAACUACAGUCUGCCAUGGGAGGAAUCUUCCUCUUUACAGUGGUGUGCCACAAAGCCACCUGAACUCCUGAGACUAAGUGACUAUUGUGACAUUCGAUCCAAUGCUCAAUCACAGAUGGAGGAAAAUAAUCAGACAUCUAUGCCAUCCAUCUAAACCUCAGGGAAUGUUCUGGAAGAGGUGGCUUGAAAGAAUGUAAGAGAUGUAGGAAAGUUGGAGUGUUUUGUAUCUUUAUCCUCUGAAUUGAAACAUUUCCAUCCCGGAGGGAGGUGCAUUAGUACACAGGAAGUAAACUCACAAGUGUCAAGAAGUCCCUGAAACUUAUAAGAUUCACCAGGUCCCUUUCUCCCGAGGUGACAUAGGCAGUAUCAAACACUAAGGAGAGGAGGCUGAGCAGCUGAGAUGUCUGG